AUGGAUAAUAAUAAUAAUAAUAAUAAUAAUGGAAGUGAUACGAUGUCAAGUGCUGGUUCUGUUAUGAUGGGUGGUGAUUUGAUAUUCGAUGAUGGUAGAAGUGAUACGAAUUCAACUUCUUCUCUUAUUGAAACGCAACAGCAACAGCAGCAACAGUCACCACCUAUGGGAACAUCAUUAGAUUCAAUACAGAUAUUGGUUAAUAGUAGUAACACAAUCACUCUAGAGGAUGACGAUGGCAAUCAAAGUGAUGCGAGUAGUACCAGUUCUAUCUCCAAUGAAUAUACCAAUUCCAUUGCCAAUACAUUGGAUCUUGCUUCUCCAAUUUCUUCUUUACCAACAACAACAUCUCCAACCACAUCAUCUUCACCACCUAUUAAACCAACCCCAACAACACCACCAACAGCAACAACAACGACAGCAAUAACUAUUACGCCAACAACGACAACUAUAACAAGUCCAAACAAUACCAGUCCAACUAACAACAACAACAACAACAACACAAAUAGUAAUAACAAUACACUUCAGGCAGACAAACAAAGACAAAGAAGAAUAGAACACUCUAAAUCACAUUCAUUAGAUAGAAUCAAUCCGAAUGCAAAGGAAUCCGCUGCUAUUAGUAAUAAUAAUAAUAAUAAAGUAAAUGCUAUUAGUGGUAAUGGACAAAAGAGUGAUGCACCACCAAAGAGAUCUCGCUUGGAUGAAAUGAUAUUGGCUACAGAGGCAGGAAAUACAAUGUUCCUAACGAAAUCACUACAAUCGAAACCAAAGAUUCCACUGACACAGCAACUUUCGAACCGAUCUACCUUCCUGCAUGUGGCAUGCGCAUCAUUCAAGAUAUCAUCGGUGAUGUUUGUGUUUGAGCAAGCACCGACACUCACCAACGAACAAGACUUCCAAUUGAAAACACCGCUCUACAUUUGCUGUGAGAAAGGAUUCUUCCACGCCGCCAACUUUCUCUUGAACUGCGGUGCAUCACCCAUACUACCGGACAUCAACAAAUGGACACCACUUCACAAACUAGCAAGUCAAGUACCUGAUCCUGCAUCUGCUGCACUCUCACAAAGUACAACUAACAACAACAACAAUAAUAACAACAACAACAACAGUAAUAGCAACAGUAGUAGUAGUAGUAGUACAAGUAUAAGUGGAUCUUCAUCGAAAUCACAACAGAAUAUGAAUAGUAGUAGUAAUAGUGUAAAUGUAAAUGGAAUCAAUAACAAUAGUAGUAAUAGUAGUAAUAACAAUGUAUCAAAUAAUAAUGUAUCAAAAGAUUCACAAUCAACAAGUCAAUCAUCAUCUAACCAAAGAUCUUCACCACUAACUUUACCAAAUACACCAUCCACAUCACCAUCAACAACGCAAUCUUCUACUUCUUCGUCCUCUUCUUCUUCUUCUCCAACAGCUUCAGCUUCAGUUUCACAACCAACAACACCACUGAAUGUACAACAAAUGACAACAAAAGAAAGACAAAAAGUUGGAUUCACCAAUGAUUUACAAUAUGAAGUGGCAGCAAAGAUAUUAACAUCAAAAACACAAAUUAUAUCUAUGAGAACAUCUAAUCAUCAAACACCAUUACAUGUAGCAUUGGCCAGUGGUGCUCAGCAUCUCUAUAAAUUAUUUAUUAGUCACUCAACAGAGGAGUCACUACUGAUAAAAGACAACGAAGGAAAUACACCAUUACAUUUAGUAGCAAACUUGAGUCGUGCAAAUGCAAGUGGAUUUGCACAGUUAAUCUUUGAUAAGCUAAAUAAUCUAAGUGGAGAUAAACUACAGGAGUAUAUAGACGAUGUCAAUAAUUCAAUGGCGUCGGCAUUGCAAAUCUCAAUGAGAAAGAACAACAAACAACUCACUCGACUCAUUAUAAAGUAUCGUGCGAAAGCAGAAUCCAAGAUAUUGGAUAACUACUUUGAGAAUCUCAAUGCACUAAAGUCAACGGAAGCCACAAAGCUACAAUUACAGCAGAUCAGCUAUACCGAUUCAACAUUCAGAGCUACACCAUUCGGUCAUCUCUUUAGAAAGUUAAUAGUAAUCAUUAAACAACACUAUUCGAUCAAUAUGACUCAUCAGAACGCCAACAUUCUAUUGGCAAGAGCAAAAGAUACAAUUAAAAAGUUUUUCAAUUGGUUAGAUACAAAUAUACCAGAUACUCACCAUGAAUAUAUAACAAACUAUAAAGAGAUUCUAUUUUCACAAACCUAUGAUGUUAUCAUACAUUUAUAUCAUGAAGUUUAUAAAUCAAGAGAUCUAUUUUUCCAACAAAGAGUUUCUAGAUAUCAAGAUAUUAUUCACAGUGAAAUCGAUAUUACAGAGGAUAGUUGGGAACAAAAUGUUGAAGCAUUCCCUAAAGCAUUGGAGAUUAUGAAGAGACUACCAGAAAAGAGAACACCCUCUGAGAAGAUCAACAAUCUCAAUGAAGCUACAAGUCAAAUCGUUAGAAUGGAUGCCAACGAUCUGACGCCAAUGUUUAUGUUCUUGCUGAUAAAAUCCGACCUGAAGAACAUUGCCUCGGAAUUCAACUUUAUGGACGACUUUAAGGAUACGCCCGAGCAGGAGCAGUACUUGGUGUUGCUACAAGGUUCGUUCGACUACCUCGAGACGUUGAACUACACACUGAGAAAUGCACAGAAUCAGGUGAUGUCGUUGAGUGGUCUCGUCGAUAGAACCAUCGACAAUGCACUGUCGCUCUGUGACGAAUUCCGUAAUAGCGGUGUCGGUGCCGAUCUCGUAGAGGAUCUAGACGAGGGUUUGAAGAUUCAAGACGAGAUGGUCUUGCUGCUGAUGAUGAUCUCCAAGCUGGCCAAUCGUAUCAACAACGACACCAUCUAUCUGCCACUGACUUGGUCGCCAGUGGUGAUGGCGUCCUACCACUUUAGAGCGAUCAUCGAAAGACUCGGUGUGAGACUAGAUCAAUCGCUACCGAUGUUGAUUCAUCAACCAACAACACCCACCACCAUAACCGAACAAACAAUACCAACACUACUAUCUUUUGGCGCAUCAGCAACAUCAUCAUCAUCAUCAUCAUCGAUGGAAGAUGACAACAAAGUUUUAAUCAAAAAGAAAGGUGAAAUUUGUAUUAUAUUAGAACAUCCAUAUCCUCAAAUGGUUUACCAGGUUAUUGAAGAAAAAGUAAACGAAGCAGUCAUCAAAAGUAACCAUAUCGAUAAAUAA